AUUCGUCAUAAGAACGAACUCACAUUACAAAGAUCGAUCCGAUCCACCAAUGAACACUCUUAUGCAAGAAACCAACUGUAAAUUGAGAUGGAAAACAAGAAGGAGUCCCCUGAAAUAAUUUCAUCACCGAUCAGCUAUGCAGAUUCCAAUCAGGAGUUCAGUGGAAAUGAUCAGUUUGAAAGCCCACUUGAUCUAUCGCCGGAACAAACAACAGCUACACCAUCUGUUUCGAUUAGCAUGCCACCUUCUUCUUUGGAUGCCAAAAGAGUUACAUUCAAGGACAAAGCCACAUUAGUUGGAAACGAUAGCCCGGGAAAAGGCGACACCACAUUAGUUGAUACAAGGAGAGUAAAAACACCAGACGGUCUCAUACUCCCAGUGAAGAUUCCAAGGAUACAUGAGUUGAAGGACAACAGAUAUAACUCGUUCAAGACAUGGUCAGGUGGGCUUGAGAGACAACUUUCUACAUUACGUGGAAAGUCGCUCCCACGUGUCGAUCCAACUGAGAUAAACACUCCCCAUAAGAGUGUAGCCGUAUCUGCAGACAGAUAUUUUAAUGCUUUAGAAGGACCUGAGUUAGAGACUCUCAGGGCUUCCGAAGUAAUAGUGCUUCCUGAAGAUAGAAAGUGGCCAUUUCUUCUUCGUUUUCCGAUCUCAGCAUUUGGUAUGUGUCUCGGUGUUGGUAGCCAAACGGUACUGUGGAAGAAUUUAGCCUUGUCCACUUCCACACAUUUCCUUCAUAUAAGCCGUAGAGUGAACUAUGCAUUAUGGUGCAUAUCCAUCCUUCUUUUCGCCGUUGUUGCCUCAGCUUACCUUUUAAAAGUCAUCUUUUACUUUGAAGCGGUUCGAAGAGAAUACUACCACCCGAUCAGGGUUAAUUUCUUUUUUGCCCCGUGGAUUGCCUUGCUCUUCUUGGCCAUUGGGGUUCCAGAAGAUAUUGCUACAACACUACCACAUUCAUUAUGGUAUGUGUUAAUGACGCCCAUAUUUUGUCUUGAGAUCAAGAUUUAUGGGCAAUGGAUGUCAGGAGGGCAACGCCGCUUAUCAAAGGUGGCCAACCCGUCUAACCAUUUAUCAGUGGUAGGGAAUUUUGUUGGGGCGUUGUUGGGGGCAUCAAUGGGGUUAAAAGAAGGUCCGAUUUUCUUUUUUGCUGUUGGAUUGGCUCAUUACACAGUCUUGUUUGUGACAUUGUAUCAAAGGCUUCCAACAAACGAAACUCUCCCAAAAGAACUUCAUCCAGUGUUCUUUCUGUUUGUUGCAGCUCCUAGUGUUGCUUCCUUGGCGUGGGCCGAACUCAACGGCUCAUUUGGUUAUGGGUCUCGAGUUGCCUACUUCAUUGCCUUAUUUCUCUAUAUUACAUUGGCAGUUCGAGUAAAUUUCUUCAGAGGAUUCAAGUUCUCGUUAGCGUGGUGGGCUUACACGUUCCCAAUGACAGGAGCUGCAAAUGCGACUAUCACAUACGCAAGUGAGGUCUCGAAUAUAGUAACAAAAGUGUUAUCACUAACCCUGUUAACUAUUGCUACCGUAACUGUGACAGGGUUACUGAUAACAACUAUGAUUCAUGCUUUUGUGUUGCGAGACCUUUUCCCAAAUGAUAUAGGGAUUGCUAUUAGUGAGCAGACACCAAAAAGGCAACAGAAUUGGUUUCAUCGGAACACAUGUGGAUCUACUAAAGAUAUCAAACAUCAACUCAAUUCCACGAACUCGGGUGAAGAAAUAGUCCAAGGUCCGAUUUCCUUCUUAGAGCAGGCGUAAAACCAUUCUCAGAGCCAGUUCUGCAUUCAUAAUUCUAAGGUUAAUUGACAUGUAAAGGGGAGCUUUAGUAAGUUUGAAAUGAGAGCAUAGCAUACAACAUUUAGUAGAUGUACUAAAUCAACCUGACUCGGAACUUGGAUAGAACGAAAACAUGAGAAGGACCAAAAGAGAGAAGACGAGCUCUAUGAAUUGCUUUGGGAGAGAAUUUUUCAGAAAGGUCACAAGAAACUUAACCCAUCUUAAAUUAACUGAAAAGCCUAAUUAUUAACCUACUGCAUACUAAGUGGGAAUGGGCCAAACCAAACUAAACCAAGAACAAAUACAACUAAUAACUUUUUCCCCCCUUUUCUGAUUUUAGGCACAUUGUAUCUGACUAACCUACAUGAUUCAUAUGAAACAACUUCUUCACACGGAUAUAGUGUAAUAUUUAGGUCUGUCUUGUAUUGAUAACUUGGUUAGCGAGGUUGUCUUUUAACU